GGGGGGGGACGCCGACAACUCCGGAGUCUGGACGUAAGUGAAGAUGAGGAGCUGCUCUCUCCCAUUGAGCGAGGGAGACGGAAUCAAAGUUCAGCAUCAAAUCUAGGAAACACGGAGAAUAGCCUACUCAGAAAUGAAAUGUUUGCCUCUCAGUGUGCGUUUAAUUUCCGACUAAACCCUGACUGCGAGCAUCCUGCGUGCAGUUGAACACAGUGGAUCUGCUGACACUGGACUCCUUGCUCACUUCUGACAUCCAGUGUCAGGAGCUGGUGCUUUGAAGAUGAUCAAUCCUCAGAUAUUCCUCCACUACAACUACACAGGAAAGCUGGACCACCGGCCCAGCGUUGGCACAAGCCCUGGCACUGUGGACGCCAAAACCAUUGUCUUCCUUGUCAUAUGCAGCUUCAUCGUCUUGGAGAACCUCAUUGUGCUGGUAGUCAUAUGGAGAAACCACAGGUUCCACAACCGCAUGUACUUCUUCAUCGCCAACCUGGCGCUGUGCGACCUGCUGGCUGGAGUUGCUUACCUGGUCAACCUGCUCCUGUCAGGAGAGAAGACCCUGCAGCUCUCCCCUGCUCUCUGGUUUGUCAGAGAGGGAAGCAUGUUUGUAGCACUUGGCGCCUCCAUUUUUAGUCUCCUGGCUAUUGCUAUAGAGAGACACCUGACUAUGAUAAAAAUGAGGCCUUAUGAUGCCAACAAGAACUACAGAGUGUUUCUGCUCAUAGGGACCUGCUGGCUGAUCGCUAUAUCUCUUGGAGCUUUGCCUGUUCUAGGCUGGAACUGCCUGGACAAUCUCCCCGAUUGCUCCACAGUCCUCCCUCUCUACAGCAAGAAAUAUGUGGCUUUCUGUAUUACAGUUUACAUGGUUUUGCUCUUAGCCAUGUCUGUCCUUUAUGCCCGCAUCUACAUCCUGGUUAAGUCCAGCAGCCGAAAGGUGAGCAAGCACAGAAACUCUGAGCAUGCGAUGUCCCUGCUGCGCACUGUUAUCAUUGUAGUCGGGGUCUUCAUCGCCUGCUGGACGCCCAUCUUUGUCCUGCUCCUGGUGGAUGUGGCAUGUGAACAGGGCUGCCACAUUCUCUACAAGGCUGAUUGGUUCAUUGCGGUGGCUGUGCUCAACUCAGCCAUGAACCCAGUCAUUUACACUCUGGCCAGCCGCGAGAUGAGACGGGCCUUCCUGGGUCUGGUGUGUGGCAUUUGCUACAGGGGGAAGGCUUCUGUAAACGGCGCAGAAGCCAGGCAGGCUCUGGAGCCCAGCCGCAGCAGGAGCAAGUCAUGGAGCAGCCAGAACAACCCCAACCAGAACCAGCAGAGCUCCAGGCAGGAGGAGCUGGAGAAGGAGGAAAAGACAGUCCCGGUCCAUGGCGACGUCUCGGUGGUGGCAGGAGGGGCUGCUCAGGCCGUCCUUGAGAGUGACAGAAAAGACUGAAAUAAGGGAGCAAGAUAUCUACAAUAGGAAGGUCAGUUUGUCGUAAUGUAACGUCCUGUGGGCCUGUGCAGUGGUCACAGUGGACUGAAUUGGUGACGAAAAGGAAUUUGAGUGAUUGAUGAUUGUUGGCAGUGGUUUCUCCUUUGUACUUAAUAUUUAGUUUGCGUCAUUCAUGAUUGGGAAUGUUGACACUUGGCAUUAGACUGAUGCAUUAAUGUAUGAGGCCAAUGUUCAAUAUCACCUCCAGGUUAUGUGGAGGUCAUAUUUCAUUACCGUCCAGUGUUUCCAAAUUUGGUUAUUUAACAGCUAACUGAAGGAUAAAACCCUUUCUCGGCUGAGAAAAUAAGCCAUGUACAAACAUAUUGGAUUAUCUGAAAAAAUGCAUUGUUUGUAGUGGUUUUUGCGGGACAAUGACUAUUUGCAAAGAAAUGGUGCUCUUAACCCUUGACAGAAAAUAUAAGUACCUCUGUGGUUACACCCUGACCACGUAAAACAAAAGUGAAAAAUCACCUUCAAUGAAUUAAAGUGCAAUUAUAGUUAUGUAAAAUAAUGAAAUGAAGAAUGUUUGUAGACAAUUAUUAGUGUAAUGAAAUUAUUUAUUCUUUGUAUUCUAUUCUGUAAUUUUGUAUUUACUCAGUAAUAUUCUACAUCACAAUGUGCAGUUACUUUAAUAAAAACUGCAUUAUGAUGUUAAUUAGAUAAAAAUGUGCUGAAUAGUCAAAGCUACUACUCUUUUCAUUAUAUCAGUAGCAUCGCGUUCAAACGGCAUCUGUUACCGCUGUACAAAGAAUUAGGUAAUGCAGAAACAUCAGUAGUUGCAAGUGAUAUCAGAGCUCCACCUGCUGGUUAAUAAAGGUAGUUAAUAUCCUCAAUGCUGCCUAGGAAUUUUAACAUGCUGCAUGUUUAGUACAGAAUCUUUUCAGUCCUCCUUUUUGUACCAAAUUAAAAUAGUUGUGUGUGUGUUUAUCUGUGUUUUAUCUGAUUUGUAUCAAAGCAUGAUGCUUGUAAACUGAAGGAAGAGGCAUGUAAAUGCAGCACGUGAAAUAUGAAUAGUGCACUACCUGCUAUUUAUAUGAUGCAAAAUAUAAGCUUUCACAUAAUAUGUCAUGUGUAAAAAAUUUAAAUAUAAGGAUAAUUCACCUGGAUCACCUCAUGUUCCCAGUAAAGAGUGCAAUUCUGCGUUGUUAUGUGCAGUGUUUUUUUUUUCAUUCGAGAAAAUAACUUAAACGUUAAUUCAUCCAAAUCACUAAUAAAUUUAUAUUACUUUCUCAUUUAUUUGUUGUGGUAUUUAGCCAUGCAGGAAGUUUUAAUUUCACAUAUCCACAUUUAGAGACAUCUGUCUCCGAGAUUUCUGCAGGUAAAGGGAUUUUUGUUUGUACUGCUCACAGAAGAGAAAAAUAACUAUUCAACAUCUCUUCCCAGAAACAGCAUCCUUGUUACUCUGGAUAAUCCAAAGACCUCACUGUGAACUGUUUUCAUGGCAGCUACUUUGUUUGUCCAAAAGAAGCCACUAUUAAAACUUUGGACAGUGUGUUCUGUGGAUUAUCCAGAAUAACAAGGACACUGUUAAUGGAUAUUUUUGUAUCUCAGAAUCUGGGCACAAAUUAACAAAAAGUAUUUGCAUGGCAAGAUAUCACUAAAAGUAAGUCAGAAAACAUGAAAUUUUAUUUAUAUUUAUAUUUUGGAUGAACUGAUCCUUUCAUAUUUUAGAGAAAACUGUGAUGACACUGGCUAAAUGCUGGGACUACCAACUCAAAACUCACUAAAGUGAAAGAUGUUAUUGACUUUGACAACAACAGAGGUUCUACACAUUCACGGUUUUAUUGCCAACAGUCAUACAGAAUAAUGACAAACCCAUACAACCAAAAGAUUAAAUCUGUAAACAUCA